AUGAUACAAGCCCGAACCGAUGACGAUGAAAAUAAUGUUGAGAAUGAUCCUCCGAAAAAAUUUAAAGAGAUAGUGACGUUGACCUCGUUAGAUACAAAAUUGAACUCUUUUGAUGCUAGACUGUGCUCUAUUCAAUCAGACUUAAAGGAAGGCAUGAAAGAGGUGAUGAAAACAGUCGAUCAAUUCGCAUUUAAUGUCAAUACAUCCAAGAGUGAAAUGAAAGAGGAAAUUCAAUUCGCACUCUCUUCGAUAUCAAAUGCACUUGCUACUUUAGUUGAUCAAAAUACAAAUACACUUCAUUAUUUUUACAAAUUUUCUGUUUCCAGAUGGUUUGAUAAAUCUGUAUCCAUUCUAUUAAGUGCUGAUGGUACAGCAGCUGUUAAUUUUGAACAUGCCUGGGGUGAUGGUGUAGCCGUUUUACGUUACUUUAAUGAAAUAUACAAAGAAACUCUAAACAAACCCUUUUUAAGUACCAACGACCUUGAAGCUGUAUCCAGUCAUGCCGUCGAAACUUCAACCGUACGUCACCUCAAUUUCGAAAUUGAUGAUAAACUUAAGGAAUUAGUAAAACAAUCGAAUAAUAGAAAUCAACAAAAUAUUAAACCGCUAAAUAUGCACAUGUUACGCUAUCCUCAUCUAAGCAAAAAUGCCUGCAAAAGAGAUCGUUUAAGUCCGGACUCUAUAAUGCAAUUGUCUUUCCAAUUGGCCUAUAGACAAGCUUUCGAUAAAUAUGUCGGUACAUAUGAAUCCUGCAGUACGGCUGCUUUCAAACAUGGACGCACUGAGACUAUGCGUCCCUGUACCAAUGCCACCAAGAAGUUCUGUGAAAGUAUUUUAGAUUCUAAAACCAAUAGUGAUGCCAAAUAUUUACGUUCUCUAAUCGAUCAAUGUUCUACGUAUCACGGCCUAUUGACAAAAGAUGCUGCCAUGGGUCAGGGUUUUGAUCGUCAUUUGUUUGCCUUAAAACAUACAGCUGCUAUUAAUAAUAAACCUCUGCCGGAAUUGUAUAACAGUGUAGCUUUUAAACGUAUUAAUCAUAAUAUUAUAAGUACUUCCACCUUAUCAUCGGAUGCAUUAUUAGCCGGUUCAUUUGGUCCUGUAGUACGUGAUGGCUUGGGCAUUGGUUAUUCUAUACAAAAUGAAGAAUGUGGCGCCAUUGUUACAUCCUACGAAAAUGGCUGUAAUGGCCAGGAAUUUAUAAACAGUUUAGAACAAGCCUUUAAUGCUAUACGCAAAGUCAUUGUUGAAAGCAAAUAAUAAGUAAAAACUGUGCGUAGUUUUAUUUUAGUUGUUCCUUUUUGCCAAAGCAUUUAAUGCGUUUUUGAGCAAUUAAUUUCAUUACCGUAUUGUGCUUUUUUGUAUUGCCGGUUUGUGUGUUUACAAAACGCCCUUUAAGACUAAAUGGUUUUGGCAUAAAAACAAACCAUAACAUGUUAUUCUCCAUUUUCCAUUUUAUUUUUAUAAUUUUAAAGUGUAUCAGGUUUAAGUUAUAAGAUCAAUUACGAUAGUAUGAAAAAUAAAGUGAAAACUAGUUAAAAUUGUAGUUAAAGUUUA